CAAAAAAGACAUGUAAUCUACCUUUGUCUCCAAAGCCUAAAACGUUUUCAUCAAAGACUAAAUAAACAGAAAAAACAAAAACAACCAUAAACUAUUGUCCUUACCUUCUUUUCAUGUCUGUUUAUAUCACUUCAACGAAAUCAAUUACCAAAUUCCUUCACCGACUAGCUCGUUAUACUAUUCAAUUUUCAUAUGUACUCGAUUUCGGACCCACCCUUUGAAGAGACAUACAAGACCCUUCUCAACAAGGCCCAAAACAUUGAUAAUAUUAAUGAUGAAUUAACGGUGGAUGAUGAAUGUGAGCUUCCAGUGAUUGAUCUGAGCCGUUUAAAAAAGAGUGAUGAUGAGGUAGCGAUAGAAGAGUGCAAGUUUGAGAUAUCAAAGGCUUCAAAGGAAUGGGGUUUUUUCCAAGUUGUAAAACAUGGAAUUUCAAAUGACAUUUUGAGAAGGUUAAUGUGUGAGCAGAAGAAGUUGUUUAAACAGCCAUUUGAUAAAAAGACGAAAGAGGACAAAUUAUUGAACUUCUCUGAGGGUAGUUACCGUUGGGGAACACCAACUGCCAUAACCGUUACACAAUUAUCUUGGUCAGAAGCAUUUCAUAUUCCUUUAACAGAUAUAAUAGGAUCUACUCGAUCAACCACUCAUCUUAGUUCAAUAAUUGAACAAUUUGCUACCACAGUUUCAAACCUUGCACAAAUAUUAGCUGAUAUAUUGGCUGAGAAAUUGGGUCAGCAAUCAACUUUCUUUAAGAAGAAUUGCUUGCCAAACACAUGUUAUCUUAGGUUGAACAGAUAUCCACCAUGCCCCAUUGAUUUUAGGAUUCAUGGUCUAAUGCCACAUACUGAUAGUGACUUCCUCACCAUAUUAUAUCAAGAUCAAGUUGGAGGUUUACAAUUGGUGAAAGAUGGAAAAUGGGUCGCAGUUAAACCAAACCCCGAUGUUCUUAUAAUCAACAUUGGAGACUUAUUUCAGGCUUGGAGCAAUGGAGUGUAUAAGAGUGUUGAGCAUCGAGUUGUGACCAAUCCAAGAGUAGAAAGGUUCUCUGUGGCUUAUUUUCUUUGCCCUUCCUAUGACACAAUGAUAGAGAGUUGUGCAGAUCCCUCUGUUUACAAGAAAUUCAGCUUUCAAGAAUAUAGACAACAAGUUCGUGAUGAUGUUCACAAGUUAGGUUCCAAAAUUGGCCUAUCCAGGUUUCUUAUAUAAAUCAUGAAAAUAAUUAAGUGGUGCAUAAUUACAUUAAUUAAUUAGCAUUAUUGUGGCUAUAUAGUUUAAUAUUCCAACACCAACUAGUACUAUUGCAAUAGUAUUAGAUAAGGAUCAAGAAUCAGAAAGAGUAAAAAGUGACGUUUUGAUCCUCUGCCAAGCCUAGACAUCCAACAUAACAAACAAAUUAUAAGGGAUGUCUCUUAUUGUUUUCCCUUUACAAUAACAAAAAAAAAAAAA